CCACACUCGCAACUUCCACCAGCCCGAGACUCUCGCCGACCUCGAGAACGUCGUUCGGGAUGCCCACGAGAAACGGCAUAGAAUACGUCCUGUUGGCUCCGGCCUUUCGCCUAACGGGAUCGGGCUUGCCAAGUCCGGUAUGGUCAACUUGGCGCUGAUGGACAAGGUGCUCGAGGUGGACCAAAAGGCGAAGCGGGUGAGGGUGCAGGCCGGGAUCAGGGUGUCGCAGCUCGUGGAUGCUCUCAAGGAGCAUGGCCUCACGCUGCAGAAUUUCGCCUCCAUAAGAGAGCAGCAGAUUGGGGGAAUCAUACAGGUUGGAGCUCAUGGUACUGGUGCACGUUUGCCACCAAUUGAUGAGCAGGUCGUCAGCAUGAAGCUGGUGACUCCUGCGAAGGGAACAAUAGAAGUCUCGAAAGAGAAAGAUCCUGAACUGUUCUAUCUUGCUCGCUGUGGCCUUGGGGGCCUUGGUGUAGUUGCAGAAGUCACCCUUCAGUGUGUGGAACGACAUGAAUUGGUAGAACACACAUUUGUUUCUAAUGCCAGUGAGAUAAGGAAAAAUCACAAGAAGUGGCUGACCGAAAACAAGCAUAUAAAGUAUCUUUGGAUUCCAUAUACAGAUGCCGUUGUUGUUGUGCAGUGUAAUCCUCUUUCCAAGUGGAGAAACCCAAAGCAUAAGCCAAAGUACGGGAAGGAUGAAGCGUUGAGGCAAAUUCAUGCUCUCUACCAUGAUUCACUGGAAAAGUACAGUUCUGGAAAUGCUGCUGCUGAACAAGAUAUCGAUCAACUAUCAUUCACAGAGUUGAGGGAUAAACUUCUUGCUCUUGAUCCUCUCAAUAUAGGUCAUGUCAUAAAAGUCAAUCAGGCAGAAGCUGAUUACUGGAGGAAGUCUGAAGGAUACCGUGUAGGUUGGAGUGAUGAAAUAUUGGGAUUUGAUUGUGGUGGACAGCAAUGGGUCUCUGAAACCUGUUUCCCAGCUGGUACUCUGAAAAGUCCUAGCAUGAAGGAUUUGGACUUUAUAGAAGAACUGAAGAAGCUCAUAGAAGAGGAAGAGGUGCCAGCACCUGCUCCCAUUGAGCAACGUUGGACUGCUUCCAGUAAGAGUCUGAUGAGCCCAGCAUCAUCCACCGGCGAUGAAGAUAUAUUUUCUUGGGUUGGCAUAAUCAUGUACCUGCCGACAACAGAUCCUCGCCAAAGGAAGGACAUAACUGAUGAGUUCUUCAGUUACAGACAUUUGACACAAACUAGCUUGUGGGAUAAAUAUUCUGCUUAUGAACAUUGGGCUAAAAUUGAGGUUCCCAAGAAGAAGGAAGAGCUUGCAGAACUUCAAGCAAGAUUGCGGAAGCGUUUUCCAGUCGACAUGUAUAACAAAGCACGCAGGGAGUUAGAUCCGAAGAGAAUCCUUUCAAACGCAUUUCUGGGGAAGAUUUUCCCCUCAACGGAGACUUCCGUUUCAGCUUGAGUCAGGAAAGCUUGCUUCUCUUCUCUCGUUUAGUUACCAACAAUUUGCAUUAUUGUUUUGCAAAUAUUUUGGUUAUAAAUAAUGUUUAUUCCACCCAUUUUAUUCCCCAAUUUUUUUUUUAAGUGGGUGAAUCGAAUUCUCGCGUUUAAUAUUAGAAACGUAGUGUUGCAUGAGACUCCUAUUCAAACUGUGCUUGUGCAGAAUAAACAUAUUUGGAUUGAUAAUUUCCAAUCUGCUACUUGUUUAUUGUUAUCCCAUUGAGUCUUUACCCAUACAGAAAGAAAUCAGAUUUUUUUUUUCAUGUAAUCCAAGUUGGCAUCAUAGUUAAGAUUUUUUAUAUAUACUGUUCUGAUAUAUUACUCGAUCUCCAUGCUGACUCUCCUUCGUGGCAAAAGAUGAAUACAUUCGCCUUCUAUGUCCUCGUCAGUUCGUCCUAGGCCAACAUGGAGAAGGUAAAUCAUAGAAGGUUACUAAUUUUUAGAAUAGUGAUUAGCACAUGAGGAAGGUAUUUGAGUAUGUGGGAUGCGAAUGCUGAGAUAUAUAUAUAUAUGAGUAAUGAUGCUCACAGCGACUUCUCUCAGCGAAUUCACAGCGCGACUUAUGUGGCAGCUGAUGUGGCCAAGUCCAAAUCAGAUUAAAAAUCGCAGACUUGGCUCUACUCCUCCUCCUCCUCCGUUUUUGCGUUUCUUCCUCGCGUCAAGACCUAAGGCACACGACUCCCUCCACCGGCGGCGGUUUUUCGCGACCUCUCCUCCUCCGUGUCCUAACGAGUAAUACUCCUCCGUUUUUUCGCGACCUCUCCUCUGUGCCCUACCUCUACUCCUCCUCCUCCUCCCUUUUUUCUCCUCCAUCAGCGAUCGUGCCCUAACUCUACUCUUCCUCCUCCUCCUCCGUUUUGUCGCGAACUCUACGCCUCCUCCUCCUCCUCUGUUUUUUCGCGACCCCUCCUUCCCUUCCCCUAACUCUACUCCUCAACAUCCUCCUCCUCCUGUGCUUUAACGCGACCCCUCCUCCCCGUGCCCUAACUCUACUCCUCAACAUCCUCCUCCUCCUGUGCUUUAACGCGACCCCUCCUCCCCUGCCCUAACUCAGUUUUGUGGUGGUGUGUGAAAUCAGCCGUUCGAGACAGGCUGGAGAUCUGGUGCUAGAUUAAAGGUGCCAACUGUCAAGGGCAAGGAGCUUGACCUUCAUUGUCUUUUUGUUGAGGUAACAUCCCGAUGAGGCAUUGAAAAGGUUGUUAUUCUAUGGCAUCCUCAAGUUAUAGCAGCAUCGACAAUACAAGAUUUGAACCUGUACCAUGUAGGGACUGCGGGCGAAGAACAUUUGUGUGUAUUUCUAGAUCAACCAAGAAUCCUGGAAGAUACUAUUACAAAUGUGAGCAACAUGGAUGGCAAAAGUGGGUGACGGCUGAUACUAGUUCAUCAGGCAAAAUUGAGUUAGAGCACAAUGCUUCUUAUGGACAUAAUCCGGAAGAUACUAUUACAAAUGUGAGCAACAUGGAUGGCAAAAGUGGGUGACGGCUGAUACUAGUUCAUCAGGCAAAAUUGAGUUAGAGCACAAUGCUUCUCAUGGACAUAAUCCGGGAAUAAUAAAUGUACCAAAAUUUAUUUGGAUAUUAGUAAUGGUUAACUUGAUUCUCUUAGCCGUAAUCCUGAUUGAGUUGUUAGUUCAUCUAGUAAGUUAGUAUUAAGUAGUGUUGGUGUUGUAAUGUAACUAGCUUAAUAUUUGUAUUUCUAGACAUGCUUGUUAGUUUAUAUCGUUAACUACUUUUGAAUCUUGAAUCAUGUUGGUGUUGUAAUUGUGUUAGGAUAAAUAGUGUUGAGUAUUGU